UCAAUCAACCCUCAACCAUCAUCAUCAUCAUCGUCUCUUAAUCAUCACUUUUUGUAUUGUUACCUUGUAGAUUUGAUCAUUUAAAGGUAAACCUUUUGAUGGUUCACAAUCAAUCAGGUUGCAAUCAACAGUUUUAAAUUGUGUCUUGUUAACUGUAACAAUUUAGUUUUUUGUUUUCAAGUCUCAAUCUUGUAACCAACAUUUCACUUUCUGUUGAUAUUUUGUCUUUGGUUUCAUUUACUGUGAUUGUUUUUUUUUGUUGUAUAAAAAUUUAAAAAUCAUUUUCUCAUUUUUAAUUGGGAUCAAAUUUUAUGUUUCUGUUGACAAUUAACUAAUUACAAGGAUCGACAAUCAAUCAAUAUGAAUCUGUUUGAUUAUAUGAUGUGUUUCUUUGUCUCUAAUUGUAUCAGGUCCAUGCCUGAGGGUCCAAGUCAAGUUCAUCUUUCACUUUCUGAGGAAUCAAGUUCAAUGACAGUUAGUUGGAAUGAUAUUAAAUCAGUUUCAGAUUCAAUGGUCAAGUGGGGAUUAGAGGCUAAUCAAUUGUCUAAUCAAUCGGGUGGACAUUUACGUAGAUUUGGUUCAUUUGGCCGAGAGAUUUUCUCAUACUGGUCAGUGAUGAACAAUUUAGAACCAGAUACAACUUAUUAUUAUCAAGUUGGUGCAAAGGACAAUCUCAGUCCGAUAUUCAGUUUCAAAACUUUGCCCUUUGGGACCAAUUGGUCACCUCGAGUUGCCAUUUUCGGGGAUCUUGGACUUAAAAAUGGUCAAGCGAUUCCAAUUCUGAACAACAGGUCGAGAGCUGGUGAUUUUGACGUAGUUGCUCAUAUUGGCGAUAUUGCUUAUGAUUUGUAUUCAAGUCAUGGAUUGAUUGGAGAUGAAUUCAUGCAAGCAAUUGAACCAAUGACUUCUGCAGUUCCAUACAUGGUUGUUCCUGGAAAUCAUGAAUAUCUACCAAUCAUUGGGGAUAACGGUAUCGCUUAUCGAUAUCGUUAUAAGAUGCCAGGGGAUUCCAAUGACAUGUAUACAUUUACUGUGGGUCCAAUUUUGUUCAUCACAAUUUCAACUGAAUUUUAUUAUUACCUCGAGGGCGGAGGGGCCAAAAAAGUGUCUGAACAAAGGGAAUGGCUCGAUAACGUACUGACCGAAGCCAAUCAGCCCGAAAAUCGAGCCAAACAUCCCUGGAUAAUUGUUCUUGGACAUAGACCUUUCUACUGUUCAAGUUCGAGGUUCGGCCGAUGUCCAGGAGGAACCACUUGGAUACGAACUGGAUCAAAUUAUCUUGGCAAGGGAUUGGAGGAUCUUUUUUAUAAAGGAGGUGUUGAUCUUGUCUUUGGUGGACACAAUCACCAGUACGAAAGGAUGUAUCCAGUUUAUGAUCUACAGGUCAGUGGAUCUCCUAAUCCAUAUCAAAAUCCAAAUGCUACAACUUAUAUCAUCUCUGGAUCAGCUGGAAAUCAAGAGGAUUUAGAUGGGUUCAAAGAGGACUCACCCGCUUGGAGUGCCUUCAGAAAUACUGAUUACAGUUACACCAAAUUAACUGCCUUCAAUUCAACACACUUAAUGUUACAACAAAUUUCAGUGCCAAGUGAGACAAUAAUUGAUUCUGUGAUAAUUACCCAACGAAAUCAUCGGCCUUUUGACCAACCAUGAGGUUUGAAAAGUUUAUAACGAUAUUUAAAUUGCCAAAGAAAUUUUCAAUCAAUUAAUUGUUGGUGUUGACCCAAUGGUUGGGAAAAUUUAAUCAAUCCUUUUAAUUCAGUCAAUCAAGAUGACACGAGUGAGUGUAUGAGUGUUUAAUUAAUUACACAAAUCAACAAAUCAUCAUCUCAAGGAUCUCAAAUAUUAUUAAUAAUUAUUUUAUCAUCAACUUUUCAUAAUCCCUUUGAAAGCCUCCCAGUUAAUCCUGUUAAUCCAUAAUUAUAAUAUAAAAUAUACCAAUUAUUUAAUCUGCUACUUUAUAAAUGUAUUAUAAAUUUGGUUUAAUCAAUUAAUCAAAUCAACAGAAUUAAAAAAAUCAAGAGAUUUGUUAACUGUCA